GGCUAAUCACCCUGGUGUCAUUGUUUGACUGCAAAUUGUUUGUGGAAGAGAAACUCCACCAAGAUCGAGAAAACGUGGACUGGUUCUGCUGCUAUUGCUUCCCUUGUUGCUGCUUUGCGCACUUUGGCUUUACCUGCACUCACUAGAAGACCUUUCGGUGAAAAGUGAAGAAGCCUUAAACCUCCUCCAAUCCUUGCCCGAAAGAAGUUACAAUUAUUUGCAAAAUGCUGCAGAUACAACUCUGGAAGUCCUGAGUUCCCCAGGAGCGUCAUUUUUAAAUUUGUGUUCAUAUUUUUCAAAUUGUGCCUUGGAUUUAGUUUCCCGGUCGUUACAAUUUGCAAGUGCCAUUUAUAGUAGUUUAACAGAGAGUAUUUUUUAUAUAAUUUCUAGUUGCUAUGAUUAUUUAUUGUAUUUUAUAAGCGUAGUUGCUGGUAUUUGGAGUCGAAACGAUCAAGUCAAAUCUAGUCAUUUUGAAAAUUUGGGGUCAGGAAUUUCAGAUCGCGAUUUGUACCACAGGAUAGAUAUGUACGUCGAUAGAUAUUUAAAAGAUAACAGUGCAGCUUAUGUUAAAGAUUCCUUAGUCUCUCAGCCAAAUUUAAAAAUAAUAUCCGAUACCAUCAAGAACGAAUUUCAAUUACACCAAAAUUCUGUUUACGACUCGAACUUUAUUACAAAAGUUGCCGGUUUGGUGCGUGAAAAAUUAAAUGAAUAUCCACAAAAAUUAGUUUUAACUCCUGCACAUUUCAAGGAAAUCAAAAACGCUUUACAAUCAGGCACUAUGAAACUAGAUUCAAAAAAUUUUGAUGUAUCUAUUCUCAUUCAAGAUCUCAUUCAGCACCCCUUGUUGCAAAAUCUUGUUACACAAAGUGGCCUAAAUGUAGACAAAGAUUAUUUAGUAAACCAGCAAAAGGUUUUGUUCGAUUUAGAAAAGCAAAUACGUGCUAAUAAUUUAGAAAUAGAACGCCUUAAAAAUAUGAACCAGGAAACUGAUAUUGUUAAAUUACAAAAUACUGUUAACAUAUUAAAAGAACAGCAGAUAAAUUUGAAGGAUGACUUGGCUAAAGUUCGUGUCGAGUUUAAAGAGAAACUGAGUAGUUUGAAUAUCGAGUUUAAAAAAUUACUUUCUGAUAUUCUGGGGUAUGAUGUUAACAAUAAUUCAGUGAGUUUCAAGGCUUGGAUUAAUGAAGCGUUUUUGGCCAAGGAUGUUUUGGAGAAUAAGUUGAACGAACUCAGGAAUAAUGUGAAAGUUGAUUCGCAGAGUACGAUGGAUGCCAGUGCUGCUGUACUUAUGAAACAUAUUGGAGACAGUAUUAAAUUGGCUAUUUUGAGGUAUGAUGAGAAACAGCAGAAAAUGCAUGCAGAUCUAAAGAACGAUGUCACAAAUAACAUAAAUUCCAUCAGAGGCUCCGUUUCACAGUCAAGUAUAGAUCUAAGUGGUUUUGAUGUCCAGGAAAUUGUUCGAAAAGCUCUGGCCAAAUAUGAUGCUGACAAAACCGGCCUGGUUGAUUAUGCUUUAGAAAGUGGAGGCGGACAGGUUUUAACAACACGUUGUACAGAAACCUAUAGUUCAAGGACAGCCCAGUAUACCUGGUUCAACAUACCAUUGUGGUAUUCAAGUAACUCACCGAGGACAGCUAUAACGCCAGGGACUCAUCCUGGACAAUGCUGGGCGUUCCAGUCCUUUCCUGGAUAUUUAGUUCUGCAAUUGAGUUUGCCAAUACAAGUAACUGGUUUUACAAUGGAGCAUGUUCCUAAAGAAUUGGUUGCUAAUGGAAAUAUUGAUUCUGCACCGAGGAACUUUUCAGUUUGGGGUUUGAAAGAAGAACAAGAUCAAAAUCCCUCUCUCUUCGGCUACUUCGAGUACGAGUACGACGGGCCGAGUUUACAAUAUUUCCAAGUCAAAUCGGAUGAAACAAAUCAGCAGUAUUUUAAUAUUGUUGAACUCAGAGUUGAAUCUAAUCAUGGCAAUCCAGUAUUUUCAUGUUUGUACAGAUUUAGGGUACACGGGACACCCAUAACGAAGGAUGAAAUGGAAAAGUUUAGGAGUCGAUGAUUAGAUUUCAAACGGUCAUGUAAAUAUUAAGUAUAGGUAGUUUUAAGGAAUUAUAUU